GCACUUACGCUCAGUACAACCACACUCAACAGGCAGGAAUACGGAUAGGCAAACAGCCUACGAGCGGAGUACUGCUUAGACUGAAUUGCAGACAACAACUACCGCCUAUCAGCUGGACAGGGACGUUUCUGAGUGUUUUGCUGCGCCACAUCUAGUUUGGUGUUUACGCUUUGGACUUCGCUUGGAUUCACGGACUUGUAGCCUACACUAAUGUAGGUUAAUAGUUUUAGCGGUGUAUGUGACGCGACUUAUUUCCUUUACCAUUGCUGAUCAAUUUCGGUUUGUUUUUCUCUGGGUUUGUUGCGCAUGAGUAACUUUCCCCUUGAAACUUCUAUGUGACUCUUGGAUUGGACUUUCUAUUGCUAUUAUGGCUGAGGCAGCCCAGCGACAGUUAGUGGAUAUCGACCCGGAUUUCGAGCCCCUUUCCCGGCCCCGGUCUUGUACUUGGCCCCUACCACGGCCGGACUUUAGCAACCCGGCUGACUCCAACACAUCCUCGCCAGCUCCCUCCGUCAAACAGGAGCCCACCAACAAUGCUGACUUCAUCAACAAUCUCAGCUUGUUAGAAGAGAAUGAAGACUACCCAGAGCAGAAGCCCCUGGGCCUGUGCAGUGACUUCUCAUGUCAGGAGAACUGUAUCCAGACUCAUCCACAUCAACAGCAGCAGCAGCUGCCGAGCCCACAGAUAGCGCACCAGCAACAGGUGCCCCUGCUCUCCUCUCCGGUCGGCUCGACCUCGUCGGUGGCGGCGGCCGCUGCUGCCGCUGCUCAGCGGAAGAGCAGCUCGUCUCGCCGUAAUGCCUGGGGAAAUAUGUCUUACGCUGAUCUCAUCACGAAGGCUAUCGAGAGCUCCCCGGAGAAGCGCCUCACCUUGUCGCAAAUUUAUGACUGGAUGGUGAAGAGUGUCCCUUAUUUCAAGGACAAGGGUGACAGCAAUAGCUCCGCCGGUUGGAAGAACUCCAUUAGGCACAACUUGUCCCUGCACAGUCGUUUUGUGCGCGUGCAGAAUGAGGGCACCGGCAAGAGCUCCUGGUGGAUGCUGAACCCUGAAGGGGGCAAGAACGGCAAGUCACCCCGCCGACGCGCUGCGUCCAUGGACAACAACAGCAAGUUCGCCAAGAGCCGAGGGAGGGCCGCCAAGAAAAAGAUGGCUCUGCAGGGUGGGCCUGAGGGUGGUGCAGACAGCCCCGGCUCCCAGUACAACAAGUGGCCUGGCAGCCCAAACUCGCACAGCAACGACGACUUUGACACAUGGAACGGCUUCCGCCAGCGCACCAGCUCCAACGCCAGCACCCUCAGCGGGCGCCUGUCGCCCUUCAUGCCCGAGCAGGACGACCUGGGCGACGGCGACGUGCACAUGGUGUACCCGGGCGGGCCCGGCACCAAGAUGGCGGGCACGCUGCCGAGCCUGUCGGAGAUGGCCAGCUCUCUGGGCCACCACCCGCACCACCACCACCACAGCUCGGAGAACGUCAUGGAGAACCUGCUGGACAACCUCAACCUGCUCUCCCCGAACAACGCGUCGCAGGUGGGGCCAGCGGGGACCCCAGGGGCCCCAGCUUCAGCCCAGGGCUCCGCACAGUCCUCCCCGUCCCCCAUGAUGCAGGGCAGCCCCGGGUACCCGAGCCCGUACAGCUCCCCGAGCCUGGGCGGCAACGGCGGCAGCCAGCCCCAAGGGCCCCAGGAGUACCGCAAGUGCCUGUACGGCCAGGCCAGCAUGAACUCCCUGUCGCCCAUGCCCAUGCAGCCACUGGCCGAGAACAAGGCCAGCAGCUUUGGGCCGGCCCUGGGCCAGUUCGGCUGCCCGGCCGGGCUCCUCAAGGAGCUUCUGACGUCCGACAGCGAGUCCCACGGGGAGCUCAUGCCCUCGGUGGACACGGUGGUGACCCAGUCGGGCGGCAACGGCGGGGGCGCCGGAGUGCGCAUGUUGCCCCCUUACAGCAGCGCCGGCGGCGCCGGUCCGGUCCAGCACGGCCGCUCCGAGCUCAUGGGCGGCGGCGGUCAGCAGCACGGCAGCCACGCCCUGCCUCCACCGCACCCGCACGCCCACGGCGUGGUGCACAACCAGGGACCGCCGGCCCCCGUGGCCAUGAACGGCCGCCCCAUGCUGCCCCAUGCCAACAUGAGCCACAACUCGGUAGGUCCUGCCGGACGCCUGGGCACCGUCAAGACCUUACCCAUGGCCUUCAACCCGGCCGCCCACCUGGGAGGCGGCAUCGGCGGCGGUGGGCCUCUUACCUACUGCACCCUCCACAGCCCCAACGGUUACGGCGGGGGACGCCCGGGCCCCCUGCUCCACCACCCGAGCCAGCACAUGCACGCGGAGAAGCUGCCCAGCGACCUGGACGACAUGUCCAUCGAGCGCUUCGAGUGCGACGUGGAGUCCGUCCUGCACGACACGCUCAUGGACGGCGACUCGCUGGACUUCAACUUCGAGCCGGUGGUGCCCCAGCAGGGUUUCCCACACGGCGUCAAGACCACCACGCACAGCUGGGUGUCCGGCUAGAGAGGAGGCCAGGGGGAGCAAGGGCCGCACUCACACUCGCUCACAGCUCCAAUCCAUAUGCAUCUCAGAAUGGAACAUGGCAAGCCCACGGACGCCAUCCUCAUCCACCCAAAGAUGCUGUACCCAAACUCCUCUGGUCGCUCAUCAAAAGCCCUCGGCAGCUUUGGCUGUGGCUGCUCCCAAGCACAUUCAGACAUUCAUUCAUUCAGGUUCCGGAGGACACUUCGUCUUUUCAUUUUUUCGCCACUGUACCACGUUGUCGCAACCAAGUGCCAAACUCUUUGCCUUUGAACUUCAGAGCCAAAAUUUGAUGUGCACUGUCGAUGCUGCCUUCUUAUUGCAGUUGAUGAUUCAUAGAACCAGUGGAUUACACUCUGAUGAGUGUUGUUUUUUGUCGUUUUUACAACUGCAACACACAAAGUAAUACAUACAUACAUACACACACACACACACACACACACACACACACACACACACGCACACACACACACGCGCACGCACACACACAAACAAACAAAAUGCACACAAAUGCCUCCUGAAGACACCAAUGUCUCAGUGGGAUAAUUUUUUAUUGAUUGAUAUAAUAGCUGAAAGAUUUGCUCAGAGGCCUUGCUCACACCAGCUCUUAAAAUCACCCACAGUGCCGCAGGUCUGCAGCAAGCACCCGCUGAAAGAACAUGAGAUACCUGUCUGAACAUUUAGCUCUCUAGUCGGAACUCUCAGCCGAUUGUUCCCUUCAUGAAACCCCUCUAUCUGCCCACCCUCCGUUAGGAAUUUCAUUCGAGUCAGGGCCUUUGUGGUGUAGUGAGGAAUCCCCCGGAGGAAUGGCCACAGGAGUCCCAGAGUUUGAGGGCUUCCGGAAGGAGAACUGGAAUAUGGAGGGUGUUUAGGGUUAUGUGUCACUGCCCAGGGCUCUGUUUUUCUAGAAAACCCAGUUAUACUGUGUCAGCCUAAAAGGGUAGCCGAAGAUGGGCCAGACCAAGUCGAUGUCUCUUGGGGAGGCCUCUCAAACUACAGUAUGUCAUGACACUUGUUUUUUUUAGUUUUUGUUGUUCUCGUAGUUAGACGUCUCUGUAUUUCUUUUGUUUGUGUUGUGUCGCUGUUUUUGGCUUGGCUUUGGCAUGUUAGAAGGAGGAGUGUUUUUACUAGGUCAUGUACAGAGAAUGUUUACAUUGUGCGAGCAACAGACUCGUAGUUUUGUUUUUUGUAAAUUGGGAAAGAAGAACUGGAUUUUCAGUGGACUUUAACAUUUUGAGGGUGCUUCUCGGUUGGACUAGACCUGGCUGUUUCCAUAUUUCUUGUAAAUACCAACAAUACAUAAAUACACACUCAGACAUACACAUAUAUUGAAAAACAUUAAGUAGAUAUAUAUUGAGAUUUUUAUUGUUAUCGUUGAUGUUAUUAUUUUUGUUUUGAUGCAGCGGCAAGUUCUGCACGCACAUGUCUCAAGUGUUCUGUCGGUUCUGAGUAGAUUUUAAGCAGAGUAAACAUUAUUAUUAUCGUUAUUAAUAUUAUUCCAGCAAGAGUGGUAGUUCUGAACUGCUAGCUGGAAACUGGCUUGGCCACUGCAGAUAUGAGGAUGUUGCUCCCUCAAACAUGCAGAGAAAGUCAAAUUUCCCUCCCUUUAAGAAGGUUGUGAGGGAACGGUUAGCUUUUGUGUUGUUUAUUUAUUUGGUGGAAGGAGACUUCGUAUGUUCAUAGUAUGCCUCAGUUUAACGCAGACGUGCUCGUUACUAUACCCCCCCCCCCCCAUCCCUCCUCUUUUUCUGGGGGCCACGAUAUGAAACGUGCCGGCGUCGUUGACGUGAUUUGUUUUUCCUGAUAUGAGCUGCCUUCUUCACAAUGGUUAGGUGACUGCGUCGAAUUUGUCGCUAUGGAGAGGGUUCAUGGUUUUCGUUCAGAUAGAUAGUGUGCAGUUACCCCUCUACCUCUAUCAGGCUUGUCAUCCUCUGCUGUUCUCCUUGCCUUAUGUCCUCUUCCCCACCCACUCACCUUACACCCUCCCAUGUCCGCGUCCUCUUUUCCAGCUGUCACUGAAUUUGACACAUUCGCUAAUCUCAUGAUGCAACAUGAUCCCACUAAUGACUUUGGCUCAUGUCUUUAAUCAAGGAUUAAAUCAAGUCGUGCUCCUCAUUGCCUCUCAAGAGCCAGAGCAAGUCUUAUCCAAAGCCUGAACAAGCCUUGUACAUUGUGAGUGUUGCCUUCUAAAGUGCUCUUAAUUGGCAAAUGCAUAACUAAGACCCUAACAAUCAAGGGAUAACACACUAAGGAGCUAUAUUUAGACGCCUAAUUAGCUAUAUUUAGAUGCCUAAUUAGCUAUAUUUAGACACCUAAUUAGCUAUAUAUAGAUGCCUUAUUAGCUAUAUUUAGACACCUAAUUAGCUAUAUUUAGAUGCCUAAUUAGCUAUAUUUAGACACCUAAUUAGCUAUAUUUAGAUGCCUAAUUAGCUAUAUUUAGACACCUCCUAUGUGAGUUAGCAUUCUCUUUCCAUGAUGCAAGUAAAAACAGUGAGUAGUUUCUCAAAUGUUUAAAGCAUAAGAACUCGCACUGAACUCACACAACCACAGUCAAUAUGGAAAAUAGUCCAGAUAUGAGGAGAGGAGAACGGACAGAGUAUGAGGAAGAUAGCAUGUCCAUAUUGUCCAUACAACAGUUUGUUCAUAACUCCUUCAGAGAUGCCCUGAGCCAUCCUGAACUUGCGCAGCUGUAUGUGAGCAUUGUCCUCAGCUGUUUGGUCAGAUCUCGAGAUUGACUUUUCGUUUAGGUUGUGAAAGUGGAUUCUCUGGAGGUUGUUAUCGAAGCAGGCGACAUCCAUUUGACUAACUGAUUCCUGAUAGCUCCUUGUCCGUGUAAAUAACAACUCUCAUUUCAAGCGAUAUUCUUUUUUUUCUAGAGCUGCAGAGCUGCAGCUGGUAGAGGAGAUUGAAGUCAUUGAGUUGCCUGUUUAGCGUCUGUCUAUGUUGUACCGCUAAGCUCAGAGAAAGAGCAAAACUCACACAUGAAUCCUUUGUAAAUUAUAUGUGCAGGUCACUCAUUUCAUACAUAACCAUUCUAUCAUCCCAUGUCAAUUUUAAAAGGAUGCUUAAAAAUAUAUAUUAUUAUGCUAUGUAUUAAGAAGUGUAAAUGAUUGCUUUGUGAAAUUUGCAAGUGAUCAUACCUAUGCAUUUUCAUACUUUAAUUUUUAAUUUUAUUUUUUUGCCUGUCUGUUUUUCUGUAUUUGUUUUUACUGAUUAUAUGAAACGUUUUAUGUAUUAUAGCAUUGUGGACAUGUUAUUUCAUUGUCAAAAAUGUUGGUUUCAAAUACCGUAGUUAUUUCAGAAAAAGGAUAUGAAGUAUAUUUAGAACUUAGAGGAUUUACUUGCCUUUUGUAAACUGACACUGUUAUCCUUGUAUUCAGCAACAGUUUGUAGGAAAAAUAGAAAACACAAAAAUACAUAAACUUAUUGUCUAAGUACAGAAUUGGAAAAAUAUUAUUAAUUGUCUGAAUUAUCUGUAUUCAGAUGGUGAAUUUUGGACCAAUUUUUUAGAAGAGAAAAUAUAAAUUUAAAUAUUGCACUUUUACCUUAACAUACAUUUUAUAACUUGUUCCUCAUAGAGAGACUAAGAAGUAAAUACAUGAGUUAUUUUAAAACAAACUGUUACAUUUAUUAACUUAUACACAGAAAUGAAUCGAUUUUCAAUCAGAAGAAUAUAUCACACAAUGUGCAAUUUGUUUAUGUAUUAGAGAAAAGAGAAGAAGUAAAAACGUCUAUGUAACAUCAAGGGUUCGGGAGGCGGGAUGGAGUGUUGCCAUUUUGAAAUGAUUUGAUUGGCGUGAUGUUGAUGUGUAUCUACCUUUCUAUUUCUUUAUUGAAGCUUUUUGGCAGUGAGCAAGAUACAGUUCUGUCAGGUGGCCACAACCUGUAACAUAUUUACCCGAAACGCCUGUGAGGUCGCUCCGUAAAUCAGAAGCCUGAUGCACUUGUACCAUGAUGCAAGAACAGAAUUAUGUUGUCGCUGUGUGAAGCCAUAUGUGUACAUAAAUUAUGUUACAUAAAGA